GGGCUGUGGAUGUAUAAAUGAUCCAGAAGACGAGACGAGUUGAAAUCGGGAUAUUUGUCUGUCAUUCUGGCUAUGUGAGCUGUAACUUGAGUAAAACGAGUUAGUAGUUGGGCGUAGUCGGACCACUGCCAAGCGUACCAAACUAUUUUAAAUGACAAUUUAUAAAAUGUCAUAACUAAGCACUAAAUUCAGAUAUAAAACUGUAAUUUGGCACAAAGGAUCACAUACCAAGAUGCACUUGCGGGCUAAAAGCCCGUGCACUAUGCAAUCACCCGUAGAAAACGAUGAAGCAUCAAAAGAUCCGAAAACGACUGAAAACGAUUUCUCACAACAUUUUACUGAACAUGAUUUUGAAGGUCACCGCCUACACACCGUUUAUCUUGGCUUACAUGUCACUGGUGGUCGCCGUCAUUUAGUACGACGUCGUAAAUAUCAUAUAUACAAAGAAAGUCUCAUUGAAAGACAACGUAAAAAAGAAUUACCAGCGACUUCGCCGACGCAAUGUAUACAAUUUAUACUUGGAGAGAAUGAUUGCAAUGGGGUUUAUGAAGUGCACCCGGUAUUUUCCGAAAUGAUGGUGAACGAUGAGUUUGAAUGGAAAGAAAUUGCAAGGUGGAUAAAAUUUGAAGAAGAUGUGGAAGAAGGCGGUAACAGAUGGUCGAAACCACAUGUCGCUACUUUAUUUUUGCAUUCAUUGUUCGAACUACGUACUUUAUUACGAAAAGGGUCCGUUUUGUUGGAUGUGGGAGCCAACUCCUUUGAACUAAUAAUGGACUUGUUAUGCGACAACAUGGUUAAUAAUGGUACCUUGCCACCAAUUUUACGUGCUAAGGUAAUAGACGUGUUGUUGAGACGACAUCGCCAUCAGCAUGAGUACAGUGACAAAAGUAAAGGAUUACCAAGUAUGCGUUCAUUUGCUGAUAUCAGUUAUAAUCAAACUGAAUCUAAAAGAAAAGAUAUGGUGGGAAGCCCAAGUAUCGUGUGUAUACAGCACCACAAUAGCUCCAGCAAACUCCGCGAGCACAGAAGUAACACUAACUUCAUGCGAAAAAUUCCGUCAGGUGCCGAAGCAAAUAACAUUCUUGUCGGAGAAGUUGAUUUCUUGGAAAAACCUUUGGUAGGAUUCAUUCGUCUGAAAAAAGGAUCGUUUUUAGGAGAUUUAACAGAAGUUCCAAUCCCAACUCGCUUUAUUUUUAUAGCGUUGGGUGGACCUGGAAGUCAAACUAUUAUGCAAGAAAUAGGCCGAGCUAUGGGUUCACUCAUGUCUGAUGAAAUAUUCCAUGAAGUUGCUUAUCGCGCAAAACACAGCGACCACCUAAUUGCAGGCAUUGAGGAAUUCUUAAAUGCGGUUUCUGUGUUGCCGCCAGGUGAAUGGGAUCCAGCUAUACGAAUAGAACCUCCAGCUGUAAUACCUUCACAGCAGGUUCGCAAACGUCCUCCGGAAACAAGUAAAGAAACAAAUGAGGAGGAAGAAGAGCGACGAUUACGGCAAGAGUCUGGAUUAAUACGCACUGGACGGCUUUUCGGAGGAUUAAGUAAUGACCUUAAAAGAAAGGCAACAUGGUAUUAUACUGAUUUUAAGGAUGGAUUUUCAAUGCAGUGUGUUGCAUCUUGGAUAUUUUUGUAUUUUGCUUGUCUUUCACCAAUUAUAACGUUUGGUGGACUGCUAUCCCAAGCAACUGGCAAAAAUAUAGCAGCAAUGGAGUCUCUAGUUUCUGGUUUCGUUUGUGGAAUCGGAUAUGGUCUUUUUUCAGGACAGCCACUCACAAUUUUGGGAUCAACUGGGCCAGUCUUAGUAUUUGAGACCAUUGUUUAUGACUUUUGCCAAAAUCAAGGUUGGGACUAUUUAACGCUUCGUUUCUGGAUUGGCACUUGGAUUGCUGUCAUACUAUUAUUUUUAACAGCAAUCGAUGCAAGUGCUUUAGUUUGCUACAUUACUCGUUUUACUGAGGAAAACUUUGCCACACUAAUUGCUUUAAUUUUUAUAUAUAAGGCUGUUGAAAAUGUCUGGAUGAUAAAAAUUAACUUUCCAAUAAUAAAUCUUGUUUAUGAUUGUACAUGCACACCACCAGCAGAUAGUAAUUUAACCGUUUUGGAUUAUGCAAAAUAUGACAAAUCUUUUUGCAUAGCUAACAAUGGAACUCUGGUUGGUGCAGACUGUAUACGAGAAAGUACUGAAAAUAUUUUCCUGAUGUCACUUAUACUGUUUUUUGGUACCUUUAUAAUAUCAGGGCUACUAAAAGAUCUAAAGAAUGCACCUUAUUUUCCAUCAAUCGUAAGGCAGUAUAUCAGUGACUUCGCUGUUAUUAUUGCCAUAUUAUCAAUGUCAAUUCUGGAUUUUAUAAUGAACAUUCCAACACCAAAACUUGAUGUACCUCACGAAUUUAAGCCAACCUUGAGCUCGCGUGGUUGGUUAGUUCCACCGUUUUCAACAAAUAACCCUUGGUGGACACCACUUAUAGCUAUAUUCCCAGCGAUGCUAGGAACUAUUUUAAUUUUUAUGGAUCAGCAAAUUACGUCGGUAAUAAUAAAUCGCAAAGAAAACAAACUCAAAAAGGGGUGUGGUUACCAUUUGGAUCUAUUCAUAUUAUCAAUUCUUAUACAAAUAUGCAGUACAAUGGGUUUACCAUGGUUUGUUGCAGCAACUGUUCUUAGUAUAAAUCACGUCAAUUCACUAAAAUUGGAAUCUGAAUGCUCUGCACCAGGAGAGAAACCACAAUUUUUAGGUGUACGAGAACAACGUGUCACACACGUAUUAAUAUUUUUAACAAUCGGGUUUUCUGUUGUAUUAACACCUCUGCUUUGUCAUAUUCCCAUGCCAGUACUUUUCGGCGUGUUUCUUUACAUGGGUAUAGCAUCAUUGUCAGGUUUACAAUUUUUUAAACGUUUACUGAUAAUAUUUAUGCCUGCAAAGUACCAGCCGGAUUUCAUGUUCCUACGAAAGGUACGUUAGUUACUACGCUUAUAACUCAAGAAAGAAUGCACGGACUUCGAUUAUACGUAUCCAUUGGGACUGGUCUUCGGUCAACCAAAAGGAAUACCAAAAAAAUUCCCAAAAAAUUGACGAGAAAAAAAGUUAGAGUAUUAAUAUUCCCAUACAUUUUGUAUGGAGUGAUUUUACAUCGCUGAUGUUUAAUUAAUAUUGUCACAUUUUUUACGGCUAAUUUUUUUUUGCGCCAAAUUUCUGUGACACAUUGUUAUACUCUUGCAACAGAGUAAAAUAAUUUAGUUCACCUAAAGGUUGUUUAUUUCACGUAAAAUCGAGGUAGAUAUAUACAUAUACGGUAUAUAUACAGCGUGUGCUCUAAAAUCUAAUGCACCUAAUUUUUCGCAAAAUAUA